CAACGUGGCCUCUAUCUUGCUCGUCAGCUUUCGUUCCGUGGUGUAUCCUUCACAGUCCAAGAAGUGCCACUAUCAGAUGAAUUCGUGAAGAUUUAUGAUGACUCUGUAAAGCUGUGGUUGGAGUGUCGGCGUCAAUUUCAGGAAUGUGUUGAACAAAAUAUGUUGCAGAACGUUCUUAGCGCCAUGACUGGUGAAGAACGAUCAUCAUGUAAACAAUUGUGGGGACAGUUUUGGGCCUGUCAUCAACGAUUUUUCAAGUAUCUCUGCAUUGCUGCCAAGGUGGAAGCUUGUGUGCAAAUGGCUCGUGAUGCGAUCAAGGCGAAUAAAUGUGUUGUGAUAGGUCUGCAGUCUACAGGAGAAGCACGAACACUUGAAGCCCUUGAAGACAUGGGCGGCGAGUUGACCGAAUUUGUGUCUACCGCGAAAGCUGUCUUGCAAGGCUUAAUUGAACGCCAUUUUCCUGUUGAUGUGGGUAGCAUUGACAUAUAUCGAGAUUUCGACAUUGGUUUCGACGAUUUUGAGCGGAAGAGAAGGAAAAUGCAUCGAAAUGGCGAGAGUGAUUUUCUGGAGCAGCUGGGUUUUGGAUCAUCACGUGGAUCACCUACAGAACCACGCGUACGUCCCAAAUUAUUUGUUUCUUUUUUCCCCAUUUACAUCUUUUGUCGGCAAUUCUUUGAUUCACUUCUUCAGCGUAUUUCUCAUUCAUAG